AUGACGCGCGGCCCGCGCUUCCGCGUCGGGAGCCGGCGGCGGAUCCCGGGACGCGGAGACCCGGGGUCCCGGCAGCGGGGCGGCCCGCGGGCCCGGGGCUGGGAUGCAUCGCCGCGGGGUGGGAGCCGGCGCCAUCGCCAAGAAGAAGCUGGCCGAGGCCAAGUACAAGGAGCGAGGAACUGUCUUGGCUGAGGACCAGCUGGCCCAGAUGUCAAAGCAGUUGGACAUGUUCAAGACCAACCUGGAGGAAUUUGCCAGCAAGCAUAAGCAGGAGAUCCGGAAGAAUCCAGAAUUCCGGGUGCAGUUCCAGGACAUGUGUGCCACCAUCGGGGUGGAUCCUCUGGCCUCUGGAAAAGGAUUUUGGUCUGAGAUGCUAGGCGUGGGAGAUUUCUAUUAUGAGCUGGGUGUUCAGAUCAUCGAAGUGUGCCUGGCCCUGAAGCACCGGAAUGGAGGUCUGAUAACUCUGGAGGAACUACAUCAGCAGGUGUUAAAAGGAAGGGGCAAAUUCGCACAGGAUGUCAGCCAAGACGACCUUAUCAGGGCCAUCAAGAAGCUGAAGGCGCUCGGCACCGGCUUUGGCAUCAUCCCCGUGGGUGGCACCUACCUCAUUCAGUCUGUUCCGGCUGAGCUCAAUAUGGACCACACGGUGGUGCUGCAGCUGGCGGAGAAAAAUGGCUACGUGACCGUCAGCGAUAUCAAAGCCAGUCUUAAAUGGGAGACCGAGCGAGCGCGGCAAGUGCUGGAACACCUGCUGAAGGAAGGGCUGGCCUGGCUGGACCUACAGGCGCCCGGGGAGGCCCACUACUGGCUGCCCGCUCUUUUCACGGACCUCUACUCCCAGGAGAUUACAGCUGAGGAGGCCAGAGAAGCCCUCCCCUGACUCUGGGAGCGCCCGGGGGGUGGGGGCCGGGGGCCCGGCAGCUGGCAGGGAGAGGAGGGGAGAGCGGUUGGCGAAUAAAACCCGAACAACUUUG